AUGAUGGAUGGAAUAAGCAAUGGAGGCAUGUUGUAUCACGAGGUACAGGAAUCAAAGCUUUGUGCUGUCCAUUGCGUCAACACUGUUCUUCAAGGUCCGUUUUUCUCUGAAUUCGACUUGGCUGCACUCGCUUCCGAUCUCGAUUGCAGAGAGAGGCAGAUGAUGAUGCUUCCUGCUCACUCCCCCGCCGGUGAUUUGUUUUCACAUAAUGUUUCUCUUGACGGUGAUUUCAGCAUCCAGGUUUUACAAAAGGCUUUGGAGGUGUGGGACCUACAAGUCAUUCCUCUUGAUUCUCCCGUUGCCGAGCCGGCCCAGGUUGAUCCUGAGCUGGAAAAUGCUUUCAUUUGUCAUUUGCAAGAUCAUUGGUUUUGUAUCCGCAAAGUGAAUGGAGAGUGGUAUAAUUUUGACAGUCUCUAUGCAGCUCCACAGCACCUCUCCAAGUUUUACCUUGCAGCCUAUCUCGACUCUUUGAAAGGCUCCGGAUGGAGCAUAUUCCUGGUGAGAGGAAAUUUUCCAAAAGAGUUUCCCAUCUCUUCGGCUGAAGCUUCCAACGGUUUCGGCCAAUGGCUUUUACCGGAAGAUGCUGAGAGAAUAACUAAAUCUUGUAACUCAGUACAGCAGGCUCCACAACAAGAAAGAGUUGUGGAAAGGCAACAAUAUUCGAAUCAGUAUCUUUCACGCGAGGAAGCUGAAUUGUUUUCGGACAUGGAAGAUGAGGAUCUAAAGGCGGCUAUAGCAGCUAGUCUGAUGGAUUCAACCCCAAUUGUGACCAAUAUUGCUGAAGCCAGUAAUCCUCAAAAUAAUGACAAGCAAAAGAGCAUAGAAGUGGAAGCCAUUGAAGCUAGUGUACCUCCCAGUGAUGAAAGCAACAAACAUGUGGAAGCUAUUGAAGCCGGUACUCUUCUGAAUGAUAAAAAUGAUCAACAAGUCGUGUCUUCUUUCGGCGGCGAUAACUCUCACAGGGAACACCAGAAUAAAGAGAACACUCUCUGA